UUAGUAGAAAUUAGAAAACCAUGAUAUGCAUUUUUUUUUUAAUCUAUAAAACCAUUUGAAAGAGUUCAAAAUUUCGUUGAGGUUUAUGUUCCGCUGAAAUUUGGCUAAGCAGAAUCAAGUUUCUUGGAGUGUAAUCCAAACUCCAAAGGAUAUUUAAAGCUAAAAAAAAAGGAAAAAAAAAAAAAAAAGGAAGAAGAAGAAGAAAAGAAACAGAGGAGAUACAAUGGAUAAUCAUGCGAACGAACCUGCAAGUUUCUGGACUCAAGCAAACGCUCUCCUCCGGAAGAAUUUAACAUUCCAGAAGAGAAAUGCGAAGACAAAUGUGAGGCUAAUCAUGUUCCCAUUCGUGCUGUGCCUGCUGCUGCUGCUUCUCCAGAAGCUGGUGGACAACCAGCUGGACAAGGACAAAUACAAGUGUGGUUGCACCUGUACCAAGUCAGAAGAUGGGCAGUGCCUUGAGAAAGUGUGUGGUGCUCAGUACUCAGAUUUGGACCAAGUUGGUGCUUGUGCCGUUCCCAAUCCUCCUGAGUGGCCUCCCGUGCAACAAGUGCCUGCCCCUAAUUACAGAGCCGUCUCCGCUGACUUUAUUUCCGAGUCCGAUCUUCCAAACCGCUCCUGCAGGAGUAACGGCUCUUGUCCUAUCACCAUGCUCUUCACGGGAAAAAACCAAUCAUUUGGUCAAAUUUUGUACAGGAAUAUGAUCCCUAGUAACUUUACUAUGAAUACAUCUAAUGUGAUGGCUAGUUUGGCCACAGAUCUGCUGGGAUCAGCAUCAAAGACAGAAAACACCAAUUUUCUUGAAUCCGCUUUCUUUUCAGGCCUUCCUGUUUAUUAUCUACAAAAGCAAUGCACAGAGAACUCUACAUUUUCCUUUCCACUCCAGAUAGAAUCCUAUAGUAUACAGCAAGAGGUAACAUGUGCUCAGGUUUUACCUUUGUGGCGUAAUAGUCCUUCUGAAGUGAACAAUGAACUAUAUAAAGGUUAUCGAAAAGGGAACUCCGAGAGACAGAUCAAUGAGAUAGCUGCAGGUUACGAUUUUCUAAAUUCCAAUCACAAUAUAUAUAAUGUCAGCAUAUGGUACAACUCAACCUACAAAAAUGACACUGGCUUUGAUCCUAUUGCAUUGGCAAGGGUUCCUCGUUCCGUAAAUCUGGUAUCAAAUGCCUACCUUCAAUUUUUGAUGGGUCCUAAUACCAAACUGUUGUUUGAGUUUGUGAAGGAAAUGCCAAAACCUGAGACCAAAAUCAAGUUUGAUUUGGCUUCUCUUUUGGGUGGUCUCUUCUUUACAUGGGUCGUCCUACAGCUUUUCCCUGUUGUUCUAACAUCUCUAGUUUAUGAGAAGCAACAAAAGUUAAGAAUCAUGAUGAAAAUGCAUGGUCUUAGUGAUGGACCAUAUUGGAUGAUUUCAUAUGGUUAUUUUCUUGCACUAUCUGUGAUCUACAUGCUGUGUUUUGUGCUAUUUGGUUCAGGCAUAGGGUUAAAAUUCUUUACAAAGAAUGACUACAGCAUCCAAUUCGUGUUUUACUUCAUCUAUAUAAAUUUACAAAUUUCGCUGGCAUUUCUAUUGGCUUCCAUGUUUUCAAAUGUCAAGACUGCUACAGUAACUGCAUACAUAGGGGUAUUUGGAACUGGGCUGUUAGGUGGUUUUCUUUUCCAGUUUUUUGUUCAGGAUACAUCAUUCCCAAGAGGGUGGAUCAUUGUUUUGGAAUUGUAUCCUGGUUUUAGUUUAUAUCGUGGUCUGUAUGAGUUUUCGCAAUCUGCCUUCAGUGGGGAUAAAUUGGAAACUCAUGGUAUGCGCUGGGGAGAUCUAAGCAAUAGCACAAAUGGCAUGAAGGAUGUCUUAAUUAUCAUGUUUGUCGAAUGGAUAUUCGUCCUUUUCUUUGCUUAUUACAUUGAUCAAGUUUUUUUGUCUGGAAGUGCAAAAGGUCCCUUCUUUUUCUUGAAAAGGUUUCAGAAAAAGCCGCUCUCUUCUUUUCGGAAGCCUAGUUUGGGAAAGCAGGGAUCUAAAGUUUUCAUUCAGAUGGAUAAACCUGAUGUUAGCCAAGAGAGGGAGAAGGUGGAGCAACUGCUACUUGAACCAACUAUUAAUCAAGCAAUCGUAUGUGACAACCUAAAAAAGGUCUAUCCCGGGAGGGAUGGUAAUCCAGAGAAGUUUGCAGUAAGAGGCUUAUCCCUUGCUUUGCCCAACGGGGAAUGCUUCGGUAUGCUUGGUCCCAAUGGUGCUGGGAAGACCUCCUUUAUCAAUAUGAUGAUCGGCCUCACAAAGCCAACCUCUGGUACAGCAUUUGUUCAAGGUCUGGACAUAAGAACUCAUAUGGAUGGAAUAUAUACUAGCAUGGGUGUCUGUCCACAACAUGACUUGCUGUGGGAAACCCUGACAGGAAGAGAACAUCUACUCUUUUAUGGAAGACUUAAGAAUCUUAAGGGUUCAGCCUUAACACAAGCAGUGGAAGAAUCAUUGAAGAGUGUAAACCUUUUCCAUGGAGGAGUUGCUGAUAAACAUGCUGGAAAAUACAGUGGGGGAAUGAAGAGGAGGCUUAGUGUUGCAAUUUCAUUGAUUGGGGAUCCUAGAGUUGUUUACAUGGAUGAGCCAAGUACUGGAUUGGACCCAGCAUCAAGAAACAACUUGUGGAAUGUUGUUAGGCGCGCGAAACAGGAUCGUGCUAUCAUCCUCACCACACAUUCCAUGGAAGAGGCAGAGGUCUUAUGUGAUCGGUUAGGAAUAUUUGUCGAUGGUAGCUUGCAGUGCAUAGGAAAUCCAAAGGAGCUGAAAGCCAGAUAUGGGGGAACUUAUGUGUUCACAAUGACAACAACUAUGGAUCAUGAGAAAGAUGUGGAGAGCAUGGUGCAACAACUCUACCCGGCUGCUAAGAAGGUUUACCACAUCUCUGGCACCCAGAAGUUUGAGCUCCCCAAAGAAGAGGUCAGGAUAGCUAGUGUGUUCCGAGCCGUCGAAACUGCAAAGCGAAACUUCACAGUCUCUGCAUGGGGUUUAGCUGACACCACAUUGGAAGAUGUCUUCAUCAAGGUUGCCCGUGACGCUCAGGCAUUUGAGAAAUUGUCUUAAAUUCAAUACACAUUACACACUUCAACAUCCUGCUAUAUACAAUUGGUGGCAUGGUUUAUGAAAGAGCUAAUCCUCUCAUUGGUGAAUCGCAGUUGAAAUCCCAACCACAAAAGUAUUCACAUUUAGUGUUUCUUAAACAGAUUGUUUCUGGAUUUAAAGCUUUUUACUUCUAGUUUGGGCAGGUUAUUUAGAUGUACAUUUUGUUUCAUUAGUUGGCUACGUCAUGUUAUUAUAUGUAGUUCCCAAAUGUGUUUGUUUAUAUAUAUAGUUGUAAUAAUAAUUAUUUAGCUGUAAGGAGUGGGUCAUCUAUUAUAUGUAAUUUCACAAAUUAGGUUAUAGAUUUGAAUUUCAAUAUAAGCAGUGUAUUAAAAGAAAAUUAUUGUCAUUAUUUGUUUAUUUAAUAUUCUUUCACAUGUGUUUCAUA